GGUAAGAUCGAGCUGAAGCCAGGCUCGAGGAUCCAGGUGAAGGGCCUGACGAAGAGCACGGAGCUGAACGGACUUGAUGGGAGCCUGCUCCAGUUCGACGCGGCGAAAUGCCGCUGGGGAGUGGAGCUGGAUAAUGGCAAGAAGGUGAUGCUCAAGAUGGGCAACCUCGUUCCCCUCAAUGCCGAGGUGGCUCCGAUCGGGCCAGGCGACCCCGGCCAUGAACCGCAGGCGUGCCCGGGGCCGCCGCCCGCGUCGUUGGCGCCGCCAGCAGGGGCCCCUUCGCUGCCGCCGCCCGAGCCGCCCGUCGAGCCGCCAGCCGAGCCGGAGGCAGAGAAGCCGCCGGCGGCGGAGGCACCAGCGGGGCCGGCAGCGGAGGCAUCGGAGGCGGCUGUGGCGCCCGCGCUCUCGGAGGACGACUGGCCUGUGCUGCCCACGAAGCCCGAGGUUGCGGCGCAGAUGAAGAGCGGCUGCUGGUUCGACGGUGGGUCUGCAGCGAAGCGCUUCAUUCAGCAGCUGCGGGCCAAUGACCCAUCGCUGGUCUCGGUCUGCCUGGUGCCGCCCAAGCGCUUCGAUGAUGAGGACGCGAGGGAGAUCUGCGACGCGCUGAAUGGCAACACGUGCUGCCGUGAAUUCGUGGCGAGCGGCCACAGUCUCAGCGAGGAGACUUGCCAGCGGCUGGCUGGGAUGCUGAGGGCCACUGGGGCCAUCCAGACCUUCUCGGUGGGUGACUCGUCGUUGGGCGACCGCGCACGCUGCCUCUUCGAGGCCCUGGCCGAGAACUCCUCUGUAACCUCGCUGGACCUCGAGCACAAGGGGCUCGUGGGCGACUCCUUGGAGUCUCUGGCGGCUGCGCUGGCGGCGCGCGCCGGGCGCGGGGCUCCGCCGCUCGCCGCGCUGCGGCUGUCCCAGAACCCUGGGCUGUCUGUGGCGGGCCUGCAGCGGCUGGCGGCCUGCCCGGCGCCCAGGGCCCUGCAGUUGUGCGAGUGCAGGCUGGGCCCAGACCUGGGCGAGGUGCUGGGGCGCCUGGUUGCGGCGGGCGUGGAGGACCUGGACCUGCGCGACAACCCGGCGCUUGGCGGCGCCGUCGAGGAGAUGCUCUCGGCCCUGAUGCCGGCGGAGCGCGGCCGUGCCGCGGCGCCGUUGCGGCGGCUCCGGCUCGACGGCUGCGCGGUGGGCGACGACGGCCUAGAGGCGGUGGCCUGCGCGCUGGAGCGGGGACUCGGCCUCGAGGAGCUGUUCGUGGAGCGAUGCGAGCUCACCCUCGAGGGUUGCAGCAGGCUCGCGGAGUCGCUCCGCGGGCGCCGGCUCCACGCCCUGUCGGUUCGUGCCAACGUCAUCGGCGACGAGGGCUGCGAGCUGCUCAGCCGCUGUGCGGCGCGGCUGGACCUGUCCUCGACCGGGCUCGGCGGCCUGGUCCUGCCUGCCCUCGGCGAGCAGCCCCUCGUGGCGCUCGAGCUCUUCAGCAACCCGACCCUGGGCCCGUCCGUGGCCAGCUGGUCUGCCACGCUGGAGGAGGCGCAGUGGCAGCGACUCGAGCACCUGGACCUGGGCGGCUGCGCGCUCCGGGACGAGGGCUGCGUGCACCUUUGCAACACGCUGCUGGACAGGCCGUCCCUCAUGCCCUCGCUGGCGUUCCUAUGCCUCGGCGCCAACGACAUCGAGAAGGAGGAGGACAUGUUCGACUUGGUGGACAGGCUGGCCGAGGCGCGCGGGGGCCGCCUCAGCGUCCUGUGGCAGAACAAAUGA